AUGGGAGAGACUCAACAAGCGAACCUCUCUUCUGGUGAUACAGACAAGGAAUUUGUGAUAGUGCAAGAAGGAAAGGCAAAAGUUGGUUUCCAUGGACCGGUGUUCUACAACCCUGUUCAGGAAUUCAACAGAGAUUUGACUGUCUCGGUUCUACGAGAGUUUGUUAGAUCACGUAUGGUAAACGGUUCCAGUGCGGAAGGUGAGAAAUAUAACGAAGAACCAAAGGCUAAGAAAGCAAAGAUGCUUUUCGAAAAAGAGGAUGGCUCUAUAAGAAUUCUCGAUGCUUUAUCGGCCAGCGGCUUGAGGGCUCUACGGUUUUCCAAAGAAGUGGAGAAUGUUGACUUUGUACUAGCCAAUGACUUUUCGGAAAAUGCUGUCGAAUCGAUUCGAGAGAACAUUCGGUUGAAUGGUGUUGAAGAUAAAGUUCGUGCCACGUUUGGCGAUGCAGUGAUGACUAUGAUGAACCAUCGCAGUAUCGACAAACGAUUUCACGCUGUUGAUCUCGAUCCCUACGGUUCCGCUUCUGUAUUUCUUGAUUCCGGUGUACAAUGCGUUGCUGACAGAGGUAUACUAAUGGUCACUUGCACUGACAUGGCAGUUUUAUGUGGAAAUACACCAGAGACAUGCUAUAAUAAAUACGGAUCCACUACAGUACGCCUUAAGUGUUGUCACGAAAUGGCACUACGAAUUCUUCUACGGGCAAUAGACACCCAAGCUAAUAAAUAUACCCGAUAUAUUGAGCCGUUGUUAUCUAUAAGCGUUGACUUUUAUGUUCGAGUAUUUGUUCGGCUACACACAGGUGCCAGAAUGACGAAGGAAUCCGGAACUAAAGCGGGACACGUAUUGGCAUGCUCGGGUUGCCACUCCUUGGAAAUUGUACCGAUUCUCAAGAAAAUAGAAGAUGGAAAAAGUCUGAAGUACGGUACGGGUGUUGUGCGGCAGACACUGAUGGGUGCCGAUAACAAAUGCCUUCACUGUGGUCAUUCAGUUCACCAAGCUGGACCUAUCUGGACCGGUCCAAUACAUAAUCGUGACUUCGUGGAAGGCAUGCUGAAGCGAUUGAAAGAAACACCAGAAGAUGAGCGACUCGGUACUCAUAAUCGCCUCUUGGGUGUCCUUACUAACGUGUCAGAGGAGCUCGACGUGCCUCUAUACUAUGAGCACGAUCAACUAUUUAACGUUGUGAAGUGCUGUGUUCCCAAAUCUGUAGCUGUAAAGUCGGCUAUUUUGAAUGCUGGGUACAAGGUGUCUGGUUCUCACUGUAACCCUCGAGCUCUCAAAACUGACGCACCGACACAGUUUUUAUGGGAUAUUUGUCGAUAUGCUGCUAAGCAAGCUAAUGUAACAGUCGAGCGCCAUGAUGAGAAGGCACCAGGAAGGAAAAUUCUAUCGGAACCUAUC